AAUGCAGCCAGACAGGCUUUGUUAACACACGCUUCUCUCUCUCUCAGCACGGCUAUUGGCUUGAUGAGCAAAACCCCAAUCUUUAUCAAAUGGAUAUCUUCGCAAAAUACAUAAUGAACACAGCGUGCGCUGUUAGUGCACAAACUCCUUUACUGACAGUGCUUGGGUGCAUGAAAGCUUUCUUUAGUGGUGCCAGGAAUUUAGGAGAUGGUUCAUUCUUUCACCACUGAAGUUGUUAGUGAUUUGCAUGUAAAUGGCUUUUAGGAUUUGGUUCUAACAUGUGAAGCAAACAAAACUGCAAGGAGUUCUACAAGUGGCUCAUCACAAGUCAUUGGUGACAGCCACGGCCUGAUCAGUGCCAAUUAUUGAAGCUGGGCUGUCGGCAGAUUGUCAGCAGUUGCAUUGCUCUUGGUUGGACGUGGAUCAAGCUUUGUUAAGCAUCAUUUUGAUGUCAUUUUUGAUAAGCUUGCCAUGUGUAUGAUUUUAUUUGACCGAAAAAAAAAUGCAUUUAUCAAGAAUGCAAGAAUACACUGAGAAGUUUGUUUUAGACCUUUCUUUUAUAUAAAAAUAUCAGAUGGACCUUAUUAUUUAUUAUUUAGCUGUCUGUGCCGUGUCUUACUUUCUUUCCUUUGUAGACAUCUGUCACUGGUUUAGUCUUAUUUAAUCACAUUUGUACAUGAAAUAACUCAAGGAAAUUGAAAAAAAUGUGAGGCCGGUCUUUGUGAGUUUUUUCGAUCUCGGCGUGUGUUGUGUGUUGACAGCUGGAUGCCACGGAGAAAUUGAGAAACAUUUCCGUAUGUUUCACAAUAACUGACACUUAACGUAACAGGGAGUCCGCCGCAGAAGCCGGUCAUGUCACGUUUCUUGUAUUUGAUUUAAAAAAAAAAAAAAGAAACCUUAUUUGUACUUUGUGAUCACCAUACGUGACAGUUUGAGUAUGUGUUUUCUAUGCAUGAGUUCUUUUGUGUGCAAAUUUUAAACCUUCAGGCAGAAGCUUACGACGAGGACAGGUCACACGAGGUUCCAGCCGAGGUUUAAAAUUGUGAUUGAUGUGGUGACUCUAGUUGAUUGUGUAUUCUUCUGUUUAUUCCGUUUUCUGCAUUUCGUUUCUCAGAUUGUUGCGAUACUUUCAUCACCAGUAUGUAAAUAUUGAUUGUUUAUACAUAAAAAAAGUGGUAAGAAUAAAAUAAAUGCCAUAUUUUGCCUCCUGAUCUCUAGUUUCAUCUUGGGUUCUUGCAGUCUACAGAUACAAGCUGUAGUUUUGAUUUAACAAUAUAUUGACUUUGACAUUUCAGUCUGACCAGGGUAUUUCUGGGUUUACCGUCUAGACGCAACACAGCAUUACACUGAGUAAGAGCCUUACAACCUAAUAGACUUUAAAGGGCAUACUGUAUGCCCUGAACUACCUCAUGGAUAUAACAUGAGAGGCACUUUCACUAGAUGCGAUGUUGUUUAAAAGUUCAAACUUUAAGUCAGUUGCUCUUACAAAUGACUAUGUUUUGAAGGAUAUUUUGAUGUUUUCCUGCAGGUUUAUAUAGAUGUUGUACAAAGAGUUAAAUUGUAACUGUCAAGAUAUUUCGUGGGUUAAAGCACUACAUGUUUAGAUUACGCUCUAAAGCUGAACUGUCACUCUGUGGCCAAAUCAUCUGAUUAAGUUAAUCAGAUGAAUAAACAGGGUAUUAUUAGGGAAGGGUGUUCGACGGCAGCAUAGGCCACUCCAGGCAAAGGAGCGAUGCCUCUUCUCAGAAAAUAGAGCUUAUGAGGCAACGUCACUUCGUCACACCGGUGUAUAUAUACAGACAGCCAGAUCGUUGUUACAACUGAAAGUCUUAACAGGUUCAGGAGCAGGUACACUAAGUUACACCGUCCUCCUAAAAGACUGAGAUUGAAGCGAAAUCAUGCUGGCAACCAGGACUUUGCUGUCAAAACAAACUCUGGCUGUUCUCUCUCGGCAGCCUGCCUGCUUUGUUCACCACGGUGACUAUGGCAAUUGGGGAAACACCAAUAUUGCAGUGGUUUUCUCAGGAUGUGGAUGGUGGGAUGGGACUGAUGUCCACGAGGGAGUAUACACCAUGUACCACCUGAGCCGCAACGGUGCUCGCUUCCAGAUGUUCGCUCCAAAUCAGCAGCAAAUGCAUGUGAUGGACCACAUGAGAAAGCAGCCGGCCACAGGGGAGAACCGGAACAUGAUGAUGGAAGCGGCCCGCUUCAGUCACGGUCAGGGAAUGAUGCAGAUGCAGGACCUGGCCAAGCUGGACGUCAACAGCUUUGAUGCCGUCAUCUUCCCUGGAGGCCACGGCGUCGUCAAGAAUCUAUCCUCUUUUGUGAAGGAUGGCAAAGACUGCAAGCUGCAUAACGACGUGGAGAGGGUGCUUAAAGAAUUCCACCGUUCACGCAAGCCUAUUGGACUGGCCAGCAUGGCUCCAGUGCUGGCCUGCCGCGUGCUGCCCAACAUCGAGGUGACUAUGGGCUACGAGCGGGACGACUCGACCCGCUGGGGGAGCUGGCCUCACACCAACAUGGUGCAGGCUGUGAAGAGCAUGGGCGCCCGCCACAACGGCCGCGAGCCAUAUGAGGCCUAUGUGGACGAGAAGAACAAAGUGGUCAGCACCCCGUCCUUCAUGUGGGAAACUGAGUACCACUAUCACUACAUAUUUGAUGGUAUUGGAAAUAUGGUCAAACAUGUCAUGCGCAUGUCAACCAAGUAAUGUGACGGCUGAAGCCUGGGAGAGAACUAGAGAACGUCUGUGGUUAUGUACAACAUACAUACAUCUCUGUAAUGUGAUGAAUUCUUACCUGAAAUGACAUAAAUAUUUUAGUGAAAG